UCAUGAGUUUGCUGACAUGUUUCAUUGCCAGGCAUCACGCUCAUUUGCCGACCAAUCCUGCAAGUUGGCUACUCUAUUAAGUGGAGAAACUCAUCAACGCUCUCCCUCCCGUCCCUCCUCUCCCACUCUCAGUGUUUCUAGUUUCGUCAAGAAGACGACCGAGAAGAUCAAUACGCUCCAGAUGAACUCUGAGCUCUGGCAGCGACCUGACUUGAGAGAAGGCAUUCACGCCGAGAUGUCUGCCACCUCUGCUCCGUUCUUGGAAGACGCAGAUAUUGAGGUUUAUCCAGACAUGCCUAACACAGAGUCUGAACUGCUAGAGCUUCAGUCGGCCACUGAGCAUGCCAUGUAAGUACAGAAAAUUUGUUGAGGUCAAAGGAACUAUUUUAGUUAAAAGAUUUGUUUUUUUUGAUGGCAGAAAAGAUUUGUGCAAAUU